GAACCAUCGUCAGUGAGUUCCGUCAGUGAUGGCUUCUUCUACAAGUGGGAUAUCCGUUGAAUUACGAGAUUUUCUGAAAUUGCAUCCCAAAAUAGAAAUUAGAGAAGGCUCAAAUAUAGUGAUAUGCAGACUAACAGGCCAUGAAAUGCCAGGUAACCUUGACAUAGUGAAGAAACACACAGAAGGAAAGAAGUAUAGACGACUCAAAGAUGAAAACAACUUUGACUAUGAAAUAUACAAACCUCAUCUUGUACCUAGUUACAAACGAGGACAUGAACAGCAGUUAUUUUGCCUGCUAACUCUGCGCCAUAUCAACAAACAACCGUCACAUGUGGAGAAACAUGUGAAUGGUAAAAGAUACAGAAAAGCAUUGGAUCGAUACAAAGAGUGUCAGCGAACUGGGGAGGUAUUCAAAGCAAAGCUUUCAAACAAGAAACCCAAAACUGACUCUGAACCAACGGAAACAUCUUGGCAGAAUUCCGAAAGUGAGAAAGAAAGUGAUAAUGAAUCAGAUAAUAUGAGUGAUCUCUACCCAGAAGACUUUUUUAAGGAUGAAGAAAAGAUGGAGGAAACAAAUAUCGUCAAUGCCAAAGUUUUCAACAUACAUGAUGAAAAUAAGAAGACUAAAAAUCAGAAAUCCAAGAAAAGAAAACAUAGUGACAAGAACAAAAAGUCAUCUGAGAAAAUAACAAACAUUGAGCAGUUUAAAAAACAAAAAGUAGUAUCAGAAAAGAAAAAUGUGUCAGUUUUGAAGAAAAAGAAGAAGAAGAGAAAACAUUUAUUGUAAUAGACCAAUAAAAUAUUGAGCAACUUGAAAAUGUAAA